ACCGAGCGGAGGAACUUUCCUAAGGCAGAGGCUUUUAGGACGCGGGCCCCGCAACCAGAUGGUCCGCAGGAGAAACGCCAGCUCCAGCCGCAGCACCCGGAGCGGCAGAGCCCCGCCGAGCCGCAGGGACUGAGCCGGCGCAGGGGGGGGCAGCGCAGCAGCCGCGGUGCCCAGCGCCAGAGCCCGAGGCGGGGUCUGGAGCCCCCCACCCCGACGGCGGCAGCUCGAUCCUCUGCCGGGGGGGCCCCCUGCGCCGUCUUCUCCUCCCCGCAUCCCCCUUUGCUUUCAUGCAACGCCUGGUGGCCUGGGACGCAGCAUGCCUCCCCAUCCAGCCGCCCGCCUUUAAAUCCAUGGAAGUGGCGAAUUUCUAUUACGAGGCGGACUGUCUGGCUGCUCUCAACAAGCUGCACCCGCGGGCGGCCGGGGGCCGCUCCAUGACCGAGCUGACCGUAGGGGACCACGAGCGAGCCAUCGACUUCAGCCCCUACCUGGACCCCUUAGCAUCCCAGCAGCCGGCGCAGCCGCCUCCUCCCGCAGCAGCAGCAGGGGGCAACUUUGAGCCUCCGUGCAGCAGCGGCGGCGGCCAAGAUUUCCUUUCCGAUCUCUUCGCCGAGGACUAUAAAGGCAGCGGCGGCAAGAAGCCCGACUACACCUACAUCAGCCUCGGCCGGCACGGCCACCCGUGCGGCAGCCAGAGCCACAAGCCGGGGGGGCUGCCGGGCUGCUUCCCGCCGCAGAUCGUGGAGACCAAAGCCGAGCCGGUCUUCGAGACCCUGGACUCUUGCAAAGGGCCCCGUAAGGAAGAAGGGGGGGCCGGGCCGGGACCGGGGGGCAUGUCCUCGCCCUACGGCAGCACCGUGCGCUCCUACCUGGGCUACCAGUCGGUGCCGAGCGGCAGCAGCGGGAACCUGUCCACCUCGUCCUCCUCCAGCCCCCCCGGCACCCCCAACCCCUCCGAGUCCUCCAAGUCGGCCGCGGCGGCGGGGGCUACUCGGCCCCCCCCCGCGGGCAAGAACAAGCCCAAGAAGUGCGUGGACAAGCACAGCGACGAGUACAAGCUGCGCCGGGAGAGGAACAACAUCGCGGUGCGCAAGAGCCGCGACAAAGCCAAAAUGCGCAACCUGGAGACGCAGCACAAAGUCUUGGAACUGACGGCCGAGAACGAGCGGCUGCAGAAGAAGGUGGAGCAGCUCUCCCGGGAGCUCAGCACCCUCAGGAACUUGUUCAAACAGCUGCCCGAGCCCCUGCUCGCCUCCUCGCCGCGCUGCUGACCCCCUUUCCCCGGGGCCGGCCGGAGGGGAGCGCCGGUGGCCGGCUCCCCGCUGCGCCCCCUCCCCGCCGGGGGAGCC